GCGGGCCCCAGGUACGACAUCGACAUCUAUCCAUCCAUCCAUCCGUUAUCGAUUCCACCUCUGCCAACCGUACCAGGACCUUACAUCCAUACUACAACUCGAAAAUCCCCGAGAGUUCGGAAUCAUCACCGAACCACAACACCAAGUCGACAACAAUGGAUGGACUUACAGCCGCCGAGAGCCGCGAGCUCGACCAGCGCCUUCAGAAGCGCCAGGUCAAGGAGUUUAUGAGUGUCUUCGGUAACCUCGUAGACAACUGCUUCACCGCCUGCGUCGACGACUUCACCUCCAAGGCCCUUUCCGGCCGCGAGUCCGGCUGCAUCAGCCGCUGCGUGCUCAAGUCCAUGUCCACACAGACGCGCCUGGGCGAGCGCUUUGGCGAGCUCAACGCUGCCAUGACUGCUGAGAUGCAGAGGCGGUAAAAAUUAUACACUGUACUACAAGGAAAGGAGAAGGGGAAGGAAGGAAGGAAGAGGGGUUGAGGGAAAAAAAAAAAUGUGUAUAAAUAGGUUCGGGAAAUAAAUUGGGUUGACGACGAUGAGUCGAGGUGCGCAUGCAUGCAUGCGUACCAUACCUACCGUAAAGGAUAUUGUGAGUGAAGGUGCUGGUUGGGUGCAGAAUGAGGUGGUGAGGAAUACCGGUUUUCUGUUGUGGAUGGAUAUGGAAAGAAGAAGAAGAAGAA